GGAAAAAGUCCAUUUAAAUAAUUUAUUUUUUUCGUUUUUUAUAAAAAUGUGUGCUUGUUUAAUACAUUAUUGGAAGGGGUGGUGUAGUGGAAUUAUUAUUUAUAUCAAGGAAAAUUUGGGCGUCACAGGUAAGUGAGGUGUUUUGUCGUCACCGAUGCCUUCAUGCGCUGCACAUUUUCGCCACAAUGAAACAGUUCUGCCUCAAGGCUGUGACUCUAGCACCACCUUUUGAGUGAAUAGCUGUGAAGGUGAUGGGAACGAGCAUUGACUUUGCUCCUCCCUCUUUUUGUGUGUAUAUAAGAAUGCAUUUAUGCAAGCACUCAAUGCACCAAACAGACCCUUCUUCAACCUCUCGUCCUCUCUCUCUCUCUCUCUGUUUUCAAUCUCCAGGUUCUUUCUUUUCUCUGCUCCAUUUUAUCUCCUUUUCAAGUUUUCUCAAUUCUGAUGAAGGUGCUUUUCAUUUGAGUGUAAGCACUUCUUUUAUAUAAGCUGGCUCGUUUCAGUUCUCUUCUUCCUUAGCAACACAUUCAUAAAAUCCUGCACAGCAUGUAACUUUCUCCCAAGUUUUCUUCCCAGAAAUCAAAAUUUGAAAAAAAAAAAAAAAAAACGUAGUUUUAUCUACCCAUAUGUUUUUCUGAGGGUUUCUUAUCUGGGUUAGUGUCACUCACUCUGGCCAAGAUUAGGACGAUUGUGUAGCGACACCUUUAUAAAGACCGUCAAAUCAUGUAACUUCCCUUCAAAUCCCAUCACUCAAUCUCUCCCCUCACCCCCCCUCCCCCACCCCUACCCAAGAAAAACCAAAAAAAAAAAAAAAAAAAAAAAAAAAAAAAAUUAUCACUUUUGCUUCUCAAUGGCGGAAGCAGAAACUGGUACGCCGACAGCGUCGGCGCCGGCGACGCCUGGAACACCCGGGGGCCCAUUGUUUUCGUCGCUCCGAGUCGACUCGCUGUCCUACGAUCGUAAGUCAAUGCCGCGAUGCAAGUGCCUGCCGGUUGGGGCCGCCUCGUGGGCUCCAUCUCCUACCUGUUUCACAGAUUUUCCUACGCCCGACGUCUCUCUCACCCGGAAGCUUGGAGCAGAGUUUGUGGGAACCUUCAUCUUGAUAUUUGCAGCGACGGCGGGACCCAUCGUGAACCAGAAGUACAGUGGGGCGGAGACUCUGAUAGGGAAUGCGGCAUGCGCCGGGCUUGCGGUGAUGAUAGUGAUUCUUUCCACAGGCCAUAUCUCAGGAGCUCACCUCAACCCCUCCCUCACGAUUGCCUUCGCCGCGCUUCGUCACUUCCCGUGGGUGCAAGUUCCGGCCUAUAUCGCAGCACAAGUUUCAGCAUCCAUCUGCGCUUCCUUCGCUCUCAAGGCUGUUUUCCACCCUUUCAUGUCCGGUGGUGUCACCGUCCCUUCGGUCAGCAUUGGGCAGGCCUUCGCCCUUGAGUUCCUUAUCACUUUCAAUCUCUUGUUCGUUGUCACCGCCGUCGCCACGGAUACUCGAGCUGUGGGGGAGUUGGCUGGUAUAGCGGUUGGAGCCACUGUUAUGCUGAACAUUCUUGUGGCAGGGCCGUCGAGUGGUGGUUCGAUGAAUCCAGUGAGGACUCUGGGGCCGGCCGUGGCAGCAGGGAAUUACAGGGCGAUAUGGAUAUAUCUGGUGGCUCCAACGCUAGGGGCUGUGGCGGGGGCAGCUAUCUACACAGCUGUCAAACUCCGAGCGGAUGAGGGUGAGCAACCUCGCCAGGUCAGGAGCUUCCGUCGCUAGGGCUAGGCCCCUCGUCCUCCUACUACUACCUACGUAUUGUAUCAAUUAUUGGUGGUGAGUGUGUUAUAGUAGACGAUAGCUUUCCUAUAAAAGCUUAACAAUAAAAGUGGAAGUGACGCAAAGUCCACGCCCCAUCAGUUUAGCUUGGCUUGUCAAAUAAUGUUGCUUGUCUUAUUGUCUUAGCGGCCACAUCAUUGUGAUGGCGGACGCCGGGACGGUGCUUCUCUCUAAUCUCUAUAGUUCAACCCCCCUGGGAAAAAGACAACGUGUGUUUCUGUGUGUGAUUCUCGUUAUGAUAAUGUUAAUAAAGUACUGAUUGUGUUUUGGUACUA